AUGGAAAUCCAAAGACAGGGAGGCCUUGACUUCACGACAGAACACGAAAAGAAGCUCAUCACGGAAGUUUACAACAAUGCCAUGGAGUGUCUAUCUGACGAGGAUCGACAACUCCCUCAAGUAGCAAAUAUCCUCCCAAUUUUGAAAAAGGGAAUCGGUAUUCACCACGGUGGUCUUCUUCCUAUCCUCAAAGAAACCAUCGAAAUCCUUUUCUCUGAAAACCUUAUCAAAUGUCUUUUCGCGACGGAAACUUUCGCCAUGGGAGUCAACAUGCCCGCAAAAACUGUUGUCUUCACAUCUCAUAGAAAAUUUGAUGGAAAGGACUUCCGACCUAUCAGUGGCGGUGAAUAUAUCCAAAUGUCUGGUCGAGCCGGUCGUCGAGGCAUGGAUACCAAAGGUAUCGUCAUUCUCAUGGUCGACGACCAGAUUACGCCCGCCAUUGCGAAGGAGCUUCUUCAAGGCAAAGCAGACGCGCUCAACUCAGCUUUCCAUCUCACCUACAACAUGGUUCUCAACUUACUCCGAGUGGAAGACAUCAAUCCCGAGUGGCUUCUCGAAAAAUCUUUCUACCAGUUUCAGCAUUGCAACAAGGUUCCUGGCAUGAUUAGAGAUCUUGAUGAGCUCAGCGAGAGUUUGAAAGAUAUCACUGUUGACGAUGAAGAGUCCGCCACCAGCUACUACAAGCUUCGACAGCAGAUUGAAAGACUCGGCCGACAAAUGGACCAGAUUAUUCUUUCGCCAAAGCAUGUGCUUCCAUUUUUGAACCCAGGGCGAUUGGUCAAAGUCAGACAUGGAAAGAAGAACUUCGGAUGGGGAAUAAUUGUCAACUUCAAGAAACAGAAAGAAACUGGACCCGAUGAGGAACCGAUUUAUCGCGUCGACGUCAUGGUAAACUGCGAUAAGGAGUCGAUCAAGAAGACUUCUACUGAUCUCGCCCAGCCUGCAGAAGGAUCUGAUGGAACAAUGGAGGUCAUCGGCUUUUCACUGAAAGACUGCCUAUCAUCACUGAGUUGCAUCCGCCUUAUGAUUCCACAAAAACUUACUGGAGCAGAUGAGCGACGAAAAUGCCGAGACCAGUUGAAAGAAAUUCAGCGGCGAUAUCCUGAUGGCCUUCCACUGCUUGAUCCAAUCGAGGACAUGAAUAUUAUUGAUCCGAAAAUCACGGAAAUAAUUCGAAAGAUUGAAGCUUACGAAAAGCGUCUUUUCACACACCCACUUCACGGAGGGCAAGAUACAGAAAACCUUCUUUCUCAAGUCGAAAAGAAGCAAAAAGUACUGAGUGGAAUCAAAGACAAGAAGAAGGAACUGAAGAAAGCCAAGCAAGUUAUCCAGCUGGACGAGUUGAAAGCCCGCAAACGAGUUCUCAGAAGACUUGGUUAUGCAACGGAUGCUGAUGUAAUCGAGACGAAGGGUCGCGUCGCCUGUGAGGUUUCAACUGCUGAUGAGCUUCUUCUCACGGAAAUGAUUUUCAAUGGAAUUUUCAACACAAUGACUGUGGAACAGUGCACUUCGGUACUUUCCUGCUUGAUUUUCCAAGAAAAGGGUGAUCCACCGAAACUAGCGGAGGAGCUUGCAGCGCCAUUGAGAACCAUGCAAGAAUGUGCCAAACGAAUUGCGAAAGUUUCGAUCGAAUGCAAAUUAGAUUUGGAAGAGGAAGAAUAUAUCAAGCAAAUUAACCCCAACCUGAUGGAUGUUGUUGAUGCUUGGUGUAAGGGAGGAACCUUCAAGCAGAUUGUUGAGCUUACAGAAGUGUACGAAGGAUCGAUUAUCAGAGCAAUGAGAAGACUGGAAGAGCUCUUGCGGGACAUGUGUCACGCUGCGAAGGCUAUCGGAAAUGAAGAGUUAGAGGCAAAGUUCACGCAAGGAAUUGAAAAGAUUAAGAGAGAUAUUGUUUUUGCUGCCUCACUCUAUUUGUAG